AUGGCUGAAGGCCCUGAAUCCUGCAGGUGUGGUCCUUUUCUUUCUUGUGAGGAAAUGGAAAAAGAUGCAGCUCUAGGAAAUGGUGGCUUGGGUAGGCUUGCAUCUUGCUUUUUGGAUUCAAUGGCAACAUUGAAUUUGCCUGCUUGGGGCUAUGGCCUGCGUUACCGAUAUGGACUGUUCAAACAACACAUUGCCAAGGAGGGCCAGGAAGAAAUUGCAGAAGAUUGGCUUGAUAAAUUCAGCCCCCGGGAGAUUCCCAGGCAUGAUGUGGUGUUCCCUGUCAGAUUUUUCGGCCAUGUUGAGAUUUUGCCUGAUGGCUUGUGGUUCUAUCUAGAAAAGAGACUUACGUCUUUGAGUAUCACAUUGCAGAUAUGUGCCGUUCUUUAUCCCGGUGAUGCUACAGAAGAAGGAAAGCUUCUAAGGCUGAAGCAGCAGUUUUUCCUUUGCAGUGCAUCACUUCAGGUUCUCUGGCCGCGGCUGGUGGCCAACAAGCUCUUCCGGAAGACCUCGGGCAGCCACGCCUUCGUCGCCGACUUCCCCGCCGCCGAUGACGACGACGACGACGUCGUCUUUGGGACGGAGUUCGACGACGGCGGGUGCAGCCCCGACGUGGACGCCAGCCGCUGCGUGAAGCGGGCGCGGCCGCAGGAGCGCAACAACAAGACCCUCAAGUACAAGCUGUUCGCGAGCACGUGGAACGUCGGCGGCGUGGCGCCGCCGGACGAUCUGGACCUGUCGGACUGGCUGGACGGUGGCGACGACGGGCCCUACGACAUGUACGUGCUCGGGUUCCAGGAGGUGGUGCCGCUGCGCGCGCGCAACGUGCUGGGCGCCGACAAGAAGCGCGUCGGGAUGCGGUGGAUCGAACUCAUCCGCGCCGCGCUCAACCGGUCGCACUCGCGGCAGAGGGGAGGGAGCAGCAGCGGAUCAGGCGACGGCGGCGGCAAGCAGCAGCAGAAGGUGUACCCGGUGCGGGACGGCGGGCGCGGCGAGCUGGCCAGGGACUACCGGUGCGUGGUGAGCAAGCAGAUGGUGGGCAUCCUGCUCACGGUGUGGGUGCGCUCCGACCUCCGCCGCUUCGUCCGCCGCCCCAGCGUCUCCUGCGUCGGAUGCGGCGUCAUGGGCUGCCUCGGCAACAAGGGUGCCGUGUCCGUCCGGUUCUGGCUGCACGACACGAGCUUCUGCUUCGUGUGCUGCCACCUCGCGUCGGGCGGGCGCGAGGGCGACGAGGCGCACCGCAACGCCGACGCCACGGAGAUCCUCUCCCGGACGACCUUCCCGCGGGGGCACGCGCUCAACUUGCCGCUGCCGCACAAGAUUCUAGACCACGACCGGGUGAUCCUGCUCGGGGACCUCAACUACAGGAUCUCCCUGCCGGAGGCCAAGACGAGGCUGCUGGUGGAGCGCCAGGACUGGAAGACGCUGCUGGAGAACGACCAGCUGCGCGCCGAGGUGUGCCGCGGCGCAGGCGCGUUCCAGGGCUGGAGCGAGGGCGCCAUCACCUUCUCCCCGACCUACAAGUACUACCCCAACUCCGACGCCUACUACGGCUGCGCCACCGCCACCCACGGCGGCGGCGGCGGCGGCCACAGGAACAACAAGCGGCGCGCGCCGGCGUGGUGCGACCGCAUCCUGUGGCGCGGCGCGGGGCUCAGGCAGACCCGCUACGGCCGCUGCGAGUCCCGGCUGUCGGACCACCGCCCCGUCCGCGCCGUCUUCACGGUGGAGGUGGACGCGCCCAGGAACCUCAACUCGCUCAGGAGCUUCUUCGUGUCCGAGAGGUUCGACAAGGCUGGCAGCAGGAGCCCCGCCGCCGACCAGCUGCUCCGCAAGGACGACGUCGUCAACAGCGCAAGAUUCGGCGACACUCUUUGA